AUGAACAAAAAUACUUGUAAAACGCCGUACAGGGAAAGGUUUAGGCGAUGUUACCUGGAAUAUACUAAUGAAUGCCUGUGGGAACAAAGCUAUUUGAAGGCCAAGUGUAAGGAGCUGAAUUUAGAGGAGGAAUACAUGAAAUAUAAGAUUCGCUUGAUGAUCAGUUACCUCACCGUUUUCUACCCCUUGUUGAUACUAGUGAUCGUAGGUCUUCAGGUAAUCGAGUGGUCAUUUACCGAGUACAAAACAUACAUGCACAUCAAUGUGAUAAUUGACGGAGGAUCGUUGAUUUUAGUCACGAGCUUACUGAGCAUCAAUUUCUUUGAAAAAUUUGUAGAUCGCCACAGGUGGGUCAUGACUGUCACCUCGACCUUGUCGGCAUAUGUGAUGGUUUUGGGUGAUAUAGCGCACAACAGUUAUCAUUACUACCAUACCGACUGGCCUCUUUAUACCUCAUACGAUGUCUUUGUGCUCUGCAUGAUCUACAUGUUCCUGCCAAUUCCUUCGAUCAAGGCAGCAGCUCUGCUAGCCAUCUCAGUCAGUGUUGUAUAUCUCCUGUACUUCAUACACUUUAUACUGUUUACCGAUCAUAAUGCGGCAAAAUACGUUUACGGUCUGGAUAUAGUGUCAAUAGAUUGUUUUCACCACCUGGGCUUCAAUAUGAUGGGCAUAUUCUUCAGGAUCAUGAACGACACCAUGGUGCGCUCCUCUUUCCUGGACCGAUACCAGUUCAUCAAGGAGGAGAUCUGGCUUCGGCAAGCUCGCCGCCAAGAGUCGUUGCUUCUGGACAGCAUUCUGCCACCCCAGAUUGCAAAGCCUAUUCAGAAAAGCAUUAAGGAAAAGAUCAUGCGGCCCGAUACCGACCUCUACCAUUUGGGCAGCUCCCGGACAACAGAGAAGUUCAUGUCCAUCCAGAUCCACAACGAUGUCAGCAUCCUGUAUGCAGAUGUGGUGAACUACACCCACUUGACGACGACACUGACGGUGGAGACGCUGGUGAAGGUCCUGCACGACCUGUACGCCAGAUUCGAUAUGGCUGCCUCAGCUUUCAAGGUGCAGCGCAUCAAGUUCCUGGGCGAUUGCUACUACUGUGUGGCGGGUCUGGGCGAGUCUGUCCCGGAUCACGCCAGUUUGGCCGUCUCUCUGGGUAUUUCCAUGAUUGCUAACAUUAAGGAGGUGCGGAUGAAGCGUUCUUUGAAUAUUGACAUGCGAAUUGGGGUCCAUUCGGGAAGCCUGUUUGCAGGAGUGAUCGGCGAGGCCAAGCUGCAGUACGACAUAUGGGGGUCCGACGUGAACAUCGCCAGUCGGCUGGAAGCAACCGGAAAUCCCGGGUAUGUGCAUGUCAGUGGACGCACUCUUAGCAGCUUGAACGCUGCGGACUACCAGAUAUAUCCGGGCACGGAAAAGGCCCUGAGGGAUCCCGUCCUGCAGAAGCAUCCGAUGAGCACCUACCUCCUGACCGCCAUACCAAGCCGCGAUUCAGAUAAGACUGCUAGCGUAGUUAGGUCCGUUGCUAACCUGGACCUGAAAACCGUGGGAUCUAACCGGAAAUCCGAGCUUUCGAAACCCGUCUCACUGUCCGAAGAGUUGCGGGAUGAGUUUAGCAAGAUGCCGGUGGGGGGUUUCAAAUUUCAUUGCCCUUGGUCGCGACGAGAAAUAAACUUAAAGAACGAGAAAGUCGAACGCGAUUUGGGCAUGUUUUGUGUGGCAUUCAAGGACAGCACUCUGGAAAGGGACUAUUUGCAUCAGCCGGACUAUAUAUUUAAAUACUCAGUGGUGCUCGGCUGGGGCAUUGGGUGCUGCCUCAUUUACAUCCAGUACGUGAACAACGCAUAUCUCUGGUAUACGGGUGCUAUAAUAGACACGAUCGCGUUUCUCUUCCUGACUUCCCUGCUAUUCAUCUGCUGGUACAAGAAAGUCUGUUGGUGGCGCAGUGGAAAGGACGAGCACAGGAGGUACAGUAAACUCAGCUGCGCGAUAUUCAACACCUUUGAAAAGAUCCAGCACAGUUUUGUCCUGCGCCUCACGGUCUACAUGAUGAUAAUACUCUGCUAUUACUUGGUGAUCUCCUUGAUAUUAAUAAACUGCGACCAGGACCAAUACGAGUUGGACAUCAUUCAGAGCAAGCUCUUUCACUAUGAAAUGGAUCCGUUUUCCUGCUUCCACCCCUGGGCCUGUACCAACAUGAUGGCCCUGAUCCUGGGAAUGAGUUACACCUUUGCCCGCAUCCCCUUCGCCCUCAAGACCUUCAUCGGCUGCUGUGAAGCCGUGUUCUUUGUGCUGAUUGUGUUUUUCCAGUUCGCGUUCAUCUUUGAGCACAGUUCCACCACAUGUCCUUUCCUGAAGGCUGAAAUAGCGCAUUGCUGCAGGGUGUGCAUGAUGCUGAUCACUAUGUACGCGAAGGAGCGUCAGUCGGAGUUCAAUACUAAAAUGAACUACAAGCUCAACUUGGAUUUGCAGCACAAGCAGAAGGCGGCCGAUAUAACCAACCAGUCCAUCAUAAUCCUGCUCAACAACAUUCUUCCCUCCCAUGUUGUCGAGGUAUAUCUCAAUUCAUUAGCCCAUCACGAACUGUACUAUGAAAACUAUCAAAUGGUAUCGGUCAUGUUUGCCAUGCUCACAGACUUUCAUAUGGACUUGCCCAGCCUAAGAGUGCUAAAUGACAUCAUCACAGAGUUCGACAGACUGCUGUAUGCUUACAAAGAAUAUUACGUAGUCGAGAAGAUCAAAGUCGUGGGCUGCACUUACAUGGCGGCCUGUGGAUUGGACUUCAGCCUGAUCGAAAACCCUGAUAGCACCUCGAAAUUCGGAAGUGCAUCAUUGUCAUUCGAAAUGGAGCAGGUGCGCAGUCGCCAGGAGUCGACCAUAAAAGACAACAGCAAUGACGAGGUGGCUUUUAUAAUGACCACGUUUGCUCUGGACCUGAUGCGUGUCCUGUCAGUGUGCAACAAGACUUACGCCGAAGAAAAAUUCGACCGGGCUUUGUCCACCAGUGAGAUAAGGAUCGGUAUCUCGACGGGUCAGAUAAUGGCCGGAGUGGUGGGUGCUUCCCAGCCGCACUACGACAUCUGGGGCAACCCGGUCAAUAUGGCCUCCCGAAUGGAAUCGACGGGUUUGUCUGGACUUAUACAGGUUACACAGGAGACAGCAGAAACACUCGAGGAGUUCGAUAUUCAGUGCUCUUAUCGCGGCUUAACCUUUGUGAAGGGACGUGGCGAAAUUCCCACCUACUUUGUGGGCAUCGAUAAGGACCUGUCGUUCAUAUCCAGAAAAAUGUCUCAUAUUUUUGGGAGGCACUAACGUAACAUCUAACCCAUGACCUGCACGGCUCCAAAGACAUACAAUUGUUUG